AUGUCGCGUGAUAAUUCUCCUGAGAUUAUGGCUAACACUCCGGAAGAUGUGAAUGAUACAACUUCUAAUCAAUCUACACAAAUGGUUCACAUUUCUGCGGAUGAGUUUGGUGAAGUUUCUCCACUUGACUCGAUUAAUGACAAAUGGCUUGUCAAUCUGAGUGACGUCGAAUUACCGAAGGAAGUACAAUAUUUAUUGCAGUUGGGAGAAGGCUUUGGCCUACCAAUAGACAAAGGGAAUAUAGAUAGGACUUUAGUAGAAUUUAUAAAACAUAUUGAGAAUAAUAUAUAUGGUCGACCUAACAAUGUUGUGAAUUUUUUUAGGAAUAAGUCCAUUCCAUUUCUUGACAAAAUUAAAAAUGAGUUUCCUAAAUUUAGUUCGACUGAUAAACUACUUUCAGAUUGGUUUAGAAUUUCUAAAGAAUUUGUGAACAGUCAUCCUGAAAUUUUGAUUAGCAUAGCUGAUAAGGGGAACGUUACUGUUGUUCUUGAUAGGAGUGAGUAUGUUGCUAAAAUGGAAAUGAUGUUGUCAGACAUUGACACUUACUCCAAAAUUGAUAAAGAUCCUACAAAAAAAUUGAUUGGGGACAUUAGGAAUUUGCUUGUCAGAUGGAAAAAUAGACAGUACAUUGAUGAUACUGCUUAUCGGAGAUUGUUGGCGACCGAUGGGAGUAUACCUAGGGCAUACGGUUUAACCAAAAUCCAUAAACCAGGUCACCCUUUGAGGAUAAUAGUUUCUUCGAUUAAUAGUCCUUUAUAUAAUUUAUCUUACUACUUGCAUAAAAUUAUUAAUGACAAUAUACCUGAGACACCAAGUUCUAUAAAGAAUAGUUUCGACCUUAUUAAUAAAGUCAAAAAUGUCAACAUUGAUGAGGGUUACAGUUUGGUUUCUUUCGAUGUCGUUUCUUUAUUUACAAACGUUCCUAUAGAGUUGGCUACUGAUAGUGUCGUGGGUAGAUGGGAAUUUAUAUCGGGAAAGACAAAAAUACCUUUAGAUGAAUUUCUAAUAGCCUUCCGCCUGGUUCUUAAUUCAACCUAUUUUGUAUUUAACAAAGUGAUUUACAAGCAAAUAUUUGGAACUCCUAUGGGGUCCCCUUUGUCACCGGUGGUUGCCAAUAUGGUUAUGCAGGACCUUGAGAAAAAAGCGAUUGAUAGGUUACCUUGCAGAUUAUUGUUUUAUUACAGUUAUGUUGGACAAACGAAGAGGCGUUUGCAAACGAGGGUACAGGAACACAUCUCCGAUAUUAAUAAGACGUCUAAAUCUCCGUCGGUUAUUUCUAAUCAUCGAUUAGUAGAAAAUCAUGAUUUUAGAUGGGAUGACGUGAAGGUUUUGGACAUCGAACCAUCGUAUAACAAAAGAUUGAUUUCGGAGAUGGUGCAUAUAAAGAGACAACGACAUGGAAUUAAUAGACAAAUUGAUACCGAAACUUUGCCUGAAACAUAUCAUAAUGUAAUACAAUCGCUUUCUCCUUCUUAG